GCUACAUUACAUUACAGCUUUUGUCGCUAUUCGGGCAGCUGCACACUGGAAAGUCCCUGACAGCCAGGGAGGUUUCAGUCAGGAAAACCGCGGUUAGCUUUGUCAUUUUAAAUGAGGGAUAUUAUUAUUUUCUUCGCUCGACUGUGCCUGUGAAUAUAAGAUUCUGCGAGGCUGUUUCAUUCGUGAAUUUCCAGCCAACCGAGUAGAUGCUCCCCCUGCGAGUGCUAGCUGGUGUUAGCAGGCUCGCUCUUUGUGUGGCUAGCUGCUAGCUGAGAUGUUUUGUUGUUGUUGAGCUGAGCAGCCCUCCCGUCGUCUGGGAGAGGAGAUUCAUCAGCUGUGUAUGGAAAAACGCCCUCUCGACACCCUUCUCAUCCACUGACAUUUUUUGUGUGAAAGUCCCCCGUGAACUCCCACAGUUGAAAACGUUUGUAAAGCGACGCCAAGGCAGGGGAGAGUUUGACCGAAGAGGAAGGAGAUGGGAAACUGUUUGAAAUCUCCGACCUCGGAUGAUAUCUCACUGCUACAUGAGUCUCAGUCGGACCGGGCCAGCUACGGCGACGGCGCUGACCCCGACCAGGAGCCACCGCCCCCCUAUCAGGAGCAGAUCCAUGUGCCUGUCUAUCACCCGACACCCAGCCAAGCCCGACUGGCCACUCAGCUGACAGAGGAAGAGCAGGUCCGCAUUGCCCAGCGCAUCGGACUCAUCCAGCACCUCCCGAAGGGUGUGUACGACCCAGGACGGGACGGCUCUGAGAAGAAGAUCAGAGAGUGUGUCAUCUGUAUGAUGGACUUUGUGUAUGGGGACCCGAUCCGGUUCCUGCCUUGCAUGCACAUCUACCACAUGGACUGUAUAGACGACUGGCUGAUGAGAUCCUUCACCUGCCCCUCCUGCAUGGAGCCUGUGGACGCCGCACUGCUUUCCUCCUACGAGACCAACUGACACACAAACACACAUGCCCACAGACACCUGUGGACUAGACUGAACACACAUGUGCACACACACACACGCAAUAUGCACACAACUUCCAUCUUUUUAACCUGUAUCCUGGAGUAGUUAAAGGGUGAUAUAAAGCAAUGAAGAUGUAACUUUGUGUGUGUGCACGUGUGAAUGUGUGUGUGGGUGUGGGUGUAAGUGAGGGUGUGAGUGAGCGCACACGUGUGUAUGUGCGUGCGACACAAGUUCCUCAUUUGGCCUGCUGGACAGGAUUGGAGGAAUGAACUCAGUGUCGGUGUUAAGGACGAGCAGGAAGGAGCCGCAUUGAGGGAAGGAGGAUACAGAUGAGAGGAUUCAAGCGUAAGGGGAAGUCAAGGGGAAUGGGUGACGGUUAACUGGUAUGAUUAAGAAACCUUUCCAAGAUCCGCUUUUAUACACGCUUCUACACACACUUUGUUUAUUUAAUCACCGUCAUUGAAAAGAGCGUCGACAGAAUGCAGGAGGAACGGACGUUUGACCACCGUCAUUAGGCUGCAGACUGUGUUUGUUGGACUGCUGAAGCCUAAUUACUAUAAUGUCAUACUGCAGCACAAAGGGAAAGAAACGCCCUUCAGAUGGUCUGCCGGCUGCUUUGAUGCGUCUCCACACAGACAGUCACACAAGCUGCAAAUACUGCCACACGUGCAGAUGACGUGAUCUGAAGACAGCUUAAGAUGGACAUCGGACCCACGACUGCGAACAUCAGAUAUAUUCUGCAGACACACCACAGGCCUGCACUUGGCCUCCAGCCAUCUGUCUGUACAGAUCUUUUAGGAGGAAAAAAACAAGUUUGCUCAGUUGAUCGAUUGAUUGUCCAGUGGCUUCGUGAAAUCUGUUCUGUGUUUUAUUUUGUCCACCAGUUCAAGGGCUUGGUCGAAGCAGUGUUUACCAAUUACACAAAUGUGGCCAAUGGAUAUACAGUGAGUGCUUCAGUCACUAUUUUGAUGGAUUGCUGGUAUACCUUUUCUGUAAAGCCUCAUGACAGUUAGGAUUAUUGGAUCAAGCACAAGAUCAGUUGACAAACCAUUGAUACAAAUCAGAGACAUUUGCACUUAUUAAUCAGACUGGUGACAAGAGUUGAUCAUAUGCAUUCAGUAAUGGUAUGUGAUCUGCGUUAUCUACUUUCUUAUUACCAUUGCAGUGACUUGUAAUCAAAGCCGCUGUUUCUGUUUAACAGGAGUGGAAUAUAAUUUAUUACUGGUGACAUUAACCAAACUACUGAACUAAUCUCAAGUUUGGCGUCCCUGUUAUUGUCCAAGUCGAGGACAGAAACAAAAACAACAUGCACAAAGCUGGGCUCAUUGAUGUCUUUGCAUUAUAAAGAGAUACUUUACACAUUUAUGCACUUGCAGCAUUCAUUUCAUUCAGCAUCCUGUUUUAUGGCAAAACCGGAUCUUAAGCAAAUAUUGCAGCUAAAGCCGUUAACACAAGCAAGUGCCAGCAUCAAGAGGACACUGGAGGUGGAAAAUGAAUCUGUUUAUGAGUUUUCUGGAAUGUGUUUAUGACUGUGGACGCUUAUUUACCCGAUGUAGACAGAAUCAGCUGUUUCUGACUUGCAUCUCCAGAUUAGAAAGCCCAUCUUUCUAUCCAUUUUUAUUAGAGCCUGACAGAUACUGAAUUUGUGGUGCUGAUACCGAUAUUGGAGAGUUAAAACAUUCUGAUCUUGAUAUAUUGGCCAGAAUUCUUUUUUUUAACACCAAAUAUAAACAGGAACACAUGUUUUUUUAUGCUCACAUCAAGUUUAGGCCUCAGUCCAAACAGUCUCCUCACCACAUUUUAAAAUCACAAGAGUCACCCUGUUUACUAUUAAAGCACAAAGAAAUUCAGUUAUCUUUUCCGCCUCCCUGCAAAGUAACUUUGGCCUGUAGCUGAGCCUGUAACACUUUGAAUUAUGCAGGAAAUUGUAAAGCAUUUGAGCUCCCCCUGCAUAUAAAGCAGGCAUGAUCCGACAUAGUUGAAAACAUGCCUUUUAUUGAUCUGUGUAUAUACCUGUGUGUGCGUGUUUGUAUUAGGCUUUAUGGCCUUUUCUGUGUGUGUGAGAAAUAUUGGGGGGGUUUAAGCACCUUAGUCUUUGGACAGUGCUUUAAUCGCCGUAACUCUUUAUGUUGUACAUUGUCCACCAUCAGCAAGGUGGAGCCUCAUGGCCUUAGGUUACACAUGAGCAAAGGGUUGGCAUCAGCUGCUAAAAAUGUGAAGCACAGUCCAGUUGAUGACAAGUAACAAGAAGAUGGGUUGAUUAUACGCAGACAGCACUGCUGCUGAGCGGUCAUUGUACAUGUCCUGUCAUCAAGAAUACAAAAGGUUUGUCCAGAGCAUUAUCACAAAGCUAAUUAAUUAAUUAUCAGUGUAAUGUGGUGUUUGGGUUUCUCUCACAUCAACUGGCUGUCUUCCAAAGAAGUUCUAGAGGACUGCUCAGCCGGUCUUCCCUCAGCUAAAAUCAGCACUCUCCAACAGGGGGGCAGGUUUGGACACAAAGGACAUUUUUGCAGACUUUCGAUCUCAGUCUGGAGCCAGUUAAAGGCUGGGUGGGGACUGGUUGAAAAAAAAAAAAGUUAAACCAACCGCUGUGUAUGUGUGUUUGUAUCUGCCAAGAUUCCGCAGAAGAGUUUAGUUAUAAAGAAUGGAAUCCACAAAGCUAUGUAAACCUUGAUCAGUGGGGCACUUUGUGGGCGGCGAACAUUGUGCUGACACUUCUGGUUAUAAAAGUGCUCACAUCCCAGGAAAAUGACUCAUGGGUGUCACCGCUGAUGGUCUGACAUUCACCAACAAUGAAACAGCUGCACAAACCCUUACUUCAUCGCAGGCCAGAUAGACUUCUCUCUGGGUCUCUCUUUGAAUCCUGGCAGAGACUUAUUUAUUGAAAAUGUUCAGACUCACAUGAGUGAGGAAGUGAAUGCUGCUUUGGGGUGGACUUUCUGCUUUCGGUUCAGGAUUGAACAUCAAGGUUUGCUCAUACGUGAAUGGGGUAUGUAUGUUGUAUGUAUGUGUCUGGAUGCUUGUUAGACCUUUUCUUGUUUGUAAGUAUAAAUAUGCAUAUGCUAUGUACUAUGGGCAAAUAAUAAAUAGACAUUGCAACAGAA